AUGAAAUGUGUCAAUCGUCUGAACAAGCGAAGCCGAAUUCAUUCCGAUGGAUCCGAUGCCACUGAUGCUGAUGUGCAACCAAAGCGCGAUCACAUCGAGGGACCACGAUUUGAACUCGAGACCUCUUGUGGACAUUGUUCUUUGGUGGCCGAGUAUCGAAGUGAGCUGUUGAAGAACGAGAUCGAAAGUGCUGUAAAGUUGCUGGCCAGACGUCUUGGCUCCACUCCACGGAUACGAAUGCCCUUACAGGGAAUGCCCAACAUUGUCGUCUCAUCGAUUUCUUCCGAUGAAGACGACUAUUUAUCGUCAGGACGGCAGAACAGCACCGAUCGCGGCUCAUCGCUGCAGACUUCUGAGGCUAGGUAA